UUAUCUGUGUACCGUCUCUUGCGUAAGGAUUAUUACAUUUUACGACUUGUUUGAGGAAUCAUUGCUUAUCUUUCCACUUUAAGCGUUGAAAUUUUUUAGUGUAAAGUAAGAAGGAGUCUUACAUCGAUAUAAAAAUGCUAUUUCGGAUUGGGAAUUUGAUAAAAACUCGCAUCUUUUUGGACCACUGCAAUUUCAUCUCGUUAAAUUGCAAAAAAUGUUAUGCAGAUGUAGUGACUAAUAAGGCAGGUCCGUUGGAUGGCAUCAGGGUACUGGAUCUGUCGAGAAUAAUAGCGGGUCCAUUUUGCACAAUGAUUUUAGGUGAUCUGGGAGCGGAAAUUAUUAAAAUAGAGAGACCUCAAAUCGGGGACGAGUCGCGGAACUGGGGGCCUCCUUUUAUCAAAGGCACUAAAGAAUCUUACUACUUCCUUGCUGUAAACCGUAACAAGAAGAGUGUAUGUGUUGAUUUAAAAUCUCCCAAAGGCCAAAAGGUUAUCCAUGAUCUUGCAGCUAAGUGUGACGUUUUAGUUGAAAAUUAUGUACCAGGAAAACUAAAUGAAUUUAAUUUAGAUUAUGACACAAUCAAGCAUGUAGCACCCAAGCUGAUUUACUGCUCUAUUACUGGAUAUGGCUCAGAAGGACCAUAUAGUAAAAGACCAGGAUAUGAUGUAAUAGCUGCAUCUGUUGGGGGAUUAAUGCAUAUAACUGGACCACGCGGUGGAGAACCGUGUAAAGUUGGUGUUCCAAUGACAGAUAUGGCUACAGGUUUGUAUGCUCAUGGUGCAAUUAUAGCAGCAUUAUUCCAGAGAGGUCGCACGGGUUUGGGACAGAAGAUAGAUUGUGACUUGUUAUCUACUCAGGUUUCAUGUCUAAUUAAUGUAGCAGCAAACAAUUUAAAUGUUGGUUUGGAAGCAGAACGCUGGGGAACAAGUCAUUCAAGCAUUGUGCCCUAUGAAUCAUUUCCUACAUCUGACGGAUGUUAUAUAACAAUUGGUGCUGGUAGCAACCAGCAGUUCAAAGAGCUUUGUGAAAAAUUGGAUUUGCCACAUUUAGUGGUAGAUGAACGAUUCUGCAACAAUGAGAUGAGAGUGAAGAACAGGAAGAUAUUAAUAGAAACGCUGAGAAAUCGCUUCAAAGAGAAGUCUUUGGAAGAAUGGUGUGCAUUGCUUCAGGAUUCAUCAUUUCCAAAUGGUCCAAUCAACAGUAUUUCCAAGGUCAUGGCUGAUCCUCAUAUCAAGCAUAUUAACCUGAUAAAAGAAAUGGAGCAUCCAUCGGGUGAGAAGAUAAGACUAGUGGGUCCUCCAGUGAAAUUCAGUGACUGCAGAAAUGAAAUUAGCCUUCCACCACCUUGCUUAGGUCAACACACAUCUGAAGUUCUGAAAGAAUUGUUAGAUUAUUCUGAUGUUGAGAUUCAGUCUCUGCAGAAUUGUGGGGCAAUUAGCUGAUUGUGGAGACUGUCAAAGGAAGCAGACAGACAGUACUCAUGUAAGAACUGUGUGAGCUGUUUUAAAGAUUUUGUUCAUAUUUUGUGCAAUGAUCCAUAGUUGUUUUAUAUAUAAAAUGUUGUAGGCAAUGGCAUGUCUCAUAUAAUGUAAAAGUGUAUGUAAAAAAGAUAAGAAUAAAUGUAUGUCAUAAAUAA